AUAGCUGCAUUCCUGACACAGACAGUUUGUCUCGAUGACACAACGGUAAAGUUUGAAAUCUGGGACACAGCCGGACAAGAGCGUUACCACAGCUUGGCACCCAUGUACUACAGAGGAGCACAGGCAGCAAUUGUAGUUUAUGAUAUCACAAAUCAAGAGACCUUUGGAAGGGCCAAAACGUGGGUAAAAGAACUGCAAAGACAAGCCAGUCCCAACAUUGUCAUAGCACUAGCUGGAAACAAGGCAGAUCUUGCCAACAAGAGAAUGGUCGAAUUUGAGGAGGCCCAAGCAUAUGCAGAAGAGAACAGCUUAUUGUUUAUGGAGACAUCUGCCAAGACUGCCAUGAAUGUCAAUGAUAUAUUCCUGGCAAUAGCCAAGAAGCUUCCAAAGAAUGACCAAGUUGGAGGGCCCAGUAGUGGACAAAGGGGCACAAACAGGGGUGUGGACCUAACAGAGAGUAACCAGCAAUCAUCAGGGGGGUGUUGCAAAAACUAACGAAGGCUGCCAGUCUCAUCAUGAAAUGUUGCAUAUUAUUUUGAAAGACAGAAAGAUUGGGGCAGCCAAAGGUCUUGCCCUGUGCUCUGAAGCUAGAGACAUACCUACAAAAAAAAAUCCAGAAAUUCAUUUAAUCAGAACAUAGUUGGCAGAGGUGGUUUAGGCUGUUCCCACUGCUUUACUCUUGAGUUCCUUUCUGCUGCUAUCUAGACCUUCCUCGGUGAUGCGCAUACGUAGUGUAGCACAGCAAUGACCGUCGGUGAGAACAGCCUUCUAUUGUGUGGGUACGAACUAGUGCUCUGUCUGUAAGGUUUAUAUCAUGAACUCUACAGAACUGAAUGUGAAAUAUGUGAUAUGCAAAUGAUACACAUCACUUAAUAUAUUGGUAAGAAUUACCCACACAAGUUGUCUUAAAUAGUUAACUUCCCACACCUGAUAGUUGAGGGUGUGUAUACCAUGUUGAAAGUACCAUGUGUGGGUCAUUAUGCCAGAAGAAAGUGAUAUGUUUUAUUUGUUUUAUGAACUAAUGGUAUGGAUUAUCAUUGUUUGAUAAAUUGCCCUCAUUUAAAAAUCAUGACUCGUUAUUAUACUUACGAUCGGUCAUCACUUAUCGUAAGUAAAAUUUCAUUCGAGGCAAAAUGAGUGGAUGGGCACACAAAUGCUCCUAACCAAUGAUUUAAUGAAGAAACACUUUAUGAUCUCAUAAAUCCAUUUUCUUUAUCUAUGACCAGUCACAAACAAAUAUACCAUGGGAUACUCUUCAAUAUGUGAAGAAAUAAUAGCCAGAAGAUAAAUGAACCCAAAGCUGACAUUAUAAAAACAAAUGUGACAUAGGCUUACCAUUUAUGAAUUAAUUCUGAUAUGAAGAUAUUUGGAACCAUACAUUAUAAACCAUAGAAUCAAAGUUAUGUCAAGCUAUUUUAAUUUUGGGUAUAAACUGAGUAGAAGCAAGGCUUGCACUUUGUUCAAAUCAUGGAAUUUUUCCUGACCAAUUAAAAAAUAAUUUUAAAAAGACACAUAAUUUUAUAACAAGGUACUGUACAAGAAAUCUCUCAUUAGAACAUUUCCCGUUUUGUGGUAACUUUAAAAAACUUGAGUGGUAUUGUAGGAAUUUAUUUUCUUCAAAAUGUUCCAUGCAUUAUGCUUCAUUCCAGCUGGCAUGAUUUAUCCUCUUGUGAUGUCAUUUUGCCAUCACAAUACUAUUUUGAUUUUACAUACAAGAUUUACUGCCUCACAACCCACAAUAAAUCACUAGGCAAGGUCUUCUGAAAUAAUUUAAAAUAGUAGUUUAGUCUUUAUGAAUCAAAUUAGAAAAGAAGGCCAGCUCUUCUGGAAGAGGGAUUCUUCUUUUACUUUCUGUCAGUUUGAAUCCAUUAAGUUAAUUCAGGUACAAGAGUUUCUUUGAUACCAUUUCUUUUUCUUUGGACGGCUGAGAGUGAUUCUUCAAAUUUCAAACUUCCAAUUUCUCAUUCUUUUAUCUCUCCCUAAAAUCUUUCUGCAUUGUAUCAGAAAUUAGUUGGGUUAUUGUUAAUCAAUUUUGAAAAGCUAUGUAUCAUUUUAAAGCCUAUGAUCUACUCUUUCAAUGAGAAUUGAUAAAUAUGAAGAAAAAAAUGGUUAAAAUGAAGGUGAGUGGUCUUGUAUCUUUCAAGAGUGUGUAGAUGACUCUCAUUUGUAGUGAUGAAAAUUAAUUUAAUUGCCUCUAAUUGAAGAAUUCAGGAAAUUCAUGUUUAGUGUUCAAAAUUUGAUGGUAUGGCUAUAUAGGAAAUACACCUGGCAGUGUACAAUUUCUUUUACUAGUUACACUUAAUAAAACUGAAGAUGCCAAUAGUGUUUCGAGUGAGCAUGGAAACCAAUCGGUGUGGAGGACAGUAAGUCUAGUUCAUAUUACAAUGUAUGUACAUAAGGAUACUGUGAUGUACAUUCACACAAAUCCAUCCAAGCAUCAAUUUUAUCCUUUUAUUAUGAAAAAAAAAGACAAAUAUUAUGUUCAUGAAAACAACUUGUAUGAUAAGAAUAAUACUAACUAUUGUAAUGGUUGUGAAUUAUAAAUAAGUGAAUACAGAAACUAAGUAAAUGUUAUUGUAAAUAUGGAUUAUAUGCUUAUUAUUUGUAUCAUGUGUUCCAACAUUUUUGUUAAUCUUGUCUCUUUCAUAGUUUUAUUAUCUCAACCCAGGUGUCUAGUAUUUUCUCCAGUAUAUUGUUUCACAUGUAUGUAGUCGGAAGGCAACUCGUUUAUUUACAGCACUUAUAGUUGAUCUAGUUAUUUACGGGAAAUGUGCCCUGGUAUAUGAUAAAUCAAUCACUUUAUGAAGUAUGAUAAGUAGGUCAGAUAAUUCUAGUAUUUGAUUUCUCUUAUUUACAAGGGUAGUCUUUUACUCUUGUAAUUUACAGAGUAUCCUGUCACAGAGUGAUUUUUUAGCAUGUAUACUCACAUCUGAUUAAUAAUUAGCAAGGUAUAUUACCAUUGUAAUAAAAAUAUGGUCACAGUAUGAUAAUGAAUGUCAGGAAAUUAUGUUUCCAGGGUAUCGUAGAAGGGGCUGUGGCACCCCAAGGAAUUCAACCAAGACUUUUUUUCACUGUUGUUGAUUGCACGUGAUACCGAAUUAACUUGCACUAAUAUGUAGGCUUGCUACUAAACAUAUAUUUUCCUCGCAGGACUGCUUGCAACACUCUCAGUUGUUGACUUCAGCCAUUACUCUGAACACCUAAACAAAUUUAAGCAAUAUUGAGUUCUUAUAAUUAUGUAAACAUGUAUUCAUUUGACUUGACAAUUGUUAGUAAGCUAAAUCAUAUGAUCAAUGUUUAUACAGUUGUACAUCCAUUUGAUUGUGUGUGCUUUGGUACAGUCAAAUUGGGUUUUAUUAUUGAUGUGAAUCUUGAAGUCAUGUUUUAUUAGCUUUAUUUAUCCACAUCAAAAAAAGGUAAUAGUAAAGAUGAAAAAAGAGAAUAAGAUACAAGAAAAAUACAUUAAUCAUAAGAAUUGAAAUAUGAAUGAAGUCUUUGUAUAUAAGAUUCUUAUUGCCCUUUAAUUUUAACAUAACCUAGAAUUGCGACUUUGUUCAUUGGGGACACUUGUUUAAAAGAAAUUGUCAUUUUUCUCUGUUGAAUUUUUCUUUCUCAUGUUAUUGCUUCUUGAAUAAGCUUUGUAUUAGCACAGUUGUACAAUAUUGUUCAGGUACAAGAUACUUCUUGUAGCAACAUAUUUAUAACACUUUACAUAUAUAUACAAAUCUGUCUUGGAUUGACAUAAUAACUCUAGUCUGUAUAAUAUCUUUCUCUCUUCAUUUAUGCAAGAUGUCCCAUUUUGCAUGUUGUACUCUAGUACAUGAUAAUGCUAGUUAGUGUGAAUCUCAAGCUUACUUUUCGAUGAAAUGCUCAAGUUCAUUAUUGUUUAUUUAAUAAUUCUUGCAAGAGGUGUUAACUUUUUAUUAUAAACUGUCGGACAUUUAUCGGUGAAGUCUAACCCUUCGGAAAAAAAAUAAACCAACUAUUUUCACUACUGAAAUAUGUGAUAACUGGGCAAUGUGUACUUCAUACUUGCAUUAUCAGAUGAGGUAAGAAAGGGUGCUUUAUCUGUACAAAUCUAUUGAAUUAGCACCCUUUAGUUCCUGAUCUGGGUGUAAGAUACUCUUCAAUAAACCAAUUUCCAGUAAAAAUGGGCAGUGUCUACUAGAAUCAAUGUUGAUUAGAAAUGCAAUAUCUACAUCUAGAAUGGAUUUUUUUAUCAGGGGCCCUGUUUCAUAAAGUCACAACUGUUGUGACUUUGCCAUAAUGGCAACUACCAUGGCAACAGGGCUCAGCAGCCAAUCAAAAUCAAGGUUACCAUGGUAGUUGCCAUAAUGGCAAAGUUACAACAGUUGCAAGUUCUUUAUGAAACGGGCCCCUGAAGUAUGCUAUCAGUAGUACAUAUUGGAAGAUACAAAUUCCAUUUAUGUAGUUUGUAUGAAUGGCUAACGUUUGCUUGAUGUGAAAGAAUUGUCACUGUGCCGUCCUCAGUGUACCGGUAUAUGUUAAAUUGCCACAUCUUGUUUUGGAUGAUGUGUAGCUGGAGUCGUACGUUGGUAUAAAGCGAUGUAAGUAUAUGAAAGAUGGUCUCGGAUGCCUGUACAUCUGUUAUUAUUCAUGGGAAAAAACUUAAUAUAUCUAAUACAAGAUUAUUUUUGGAUCAUGUUGCAGUCAUGAUAUUUUAAGUCAUCAGCUUGAGGUUUUAUAAAAUUGUGUAGAGUCAAAUAUCGUUUUUUUUUUUUUUUUUUUUAAGAGAAGGCUGGGGUUUGAAUCAUCCCAAUAAUUCUGUCAUAUGAACUUAUUUUAUGAAUGUACUUUAUUUGUAGGAGUACUGCGAUGCAGUAUACAUUUUCAGCAUGUCAAAACUGUUGAGUAGAAUAGGCUGAGCUGCUGCUGCUUGGCGGAUACUGUAGUUACAGGGAAACUUUGGGACUCUCUUGGCAAACUAUAAAGCCACUAGACACACACUGGUCUAGUAAAAGUACACUGUCUUGUGAGUGUGCUCAUUAGUCAGUGUAUGUACUGUGUUAGGAGACAUGGCUACACUUUGGCUAGAGGAAGAGGUGAUAAGUUGAUAUCGCAUCAGGCAAAACACCAAAGUGUAGCCAUGUCUCCUAACUGGCUAGAGGAAGAGGUGAUAAGUUGAUAUCGCAUCAGGCAAAACACCAGUUAGUGUCUUGGGGUCAAGUUAGCCAAAAUGACACAGUAAAUUUCCUUUCUGUAAUGUGGAUUAAAUCUUUGGGUUUUUUUUUCUUCUGCUAAGCCAAAAUUAUAGGAAUGCUUAUAAACAGUAUAUAUUAUGACUUCAUAAAAAGCAAGGGCAAUUUUUAGACUCCUUUAUCGCUUAAAAAGUAAACAUUUCCAACUUUAAAACUUAUUCAAUGUAUUAUUUAGUCCUUUUGUGUUGUUCCUAAAGCUGUGUAGCUUAUUACUACAUCUGGAAUAACUGGGUAUGCUUUCAGUUUAUAUAAUAUAUAAAGUAUAGACAGAGGUUGUUAUUCUGGUUUGUAAUUUUCAUUAUCAUUUUGUUAUUGUGUAAAGUUGAUGAUCAUGCCUGUUUUAUCCCAAAAGAUGAAGAUGUAAUUAAAGAAAAUGGAUGAAUACGUAAUAUGUGUAUACUAUUUACCAUGUACAAUGGCAUAUGUGUACUCUAUUCACAGUGCAAAAAUAAAAUAAAACAAUUUUGCUAUGGAA